AUGUUUCGUUCCGUUGUCAACCUUUUGUGCCGGCGUGUUUGUGCUGAUUCAUUUCUAUGUAAACACAGUCGAUAUUGCACAAAAGCUCCUCAGUUAAACACAACACAGCCCAUUAAAUCGGUUAAUGUAAUGGAUAAAUCAUUGUUUUUGCUUCCGAAUAAUCAGAGGUUUGUCGAGUUAGACAGCUCUCAGGCCUUUGAGAACCUAACAAAGCAGGAAAAACUAUAUGCACACUAUUUAAGCCAGUCUGCUUGGAAUGGAGGUCUCAUUGUUCUUAUGCAAACUAGUCCGGAAUCUCCUAAAAUAUUUUCAUUGUUACAUAGAAUCUUUACCGGGGAACCUAUAGAAGAUCUUAAAGCAUCUUCUAUUAAAUCUGGUGUUACUGAAGAUGAUUUUCAAGCAUUUCUAGUAUACGCUGGUGGAGUAUUUGCUAAUAGCGGCAAUUACAAAGGUUUUGGAGAUACAAAGUUCAUUCCAAAUUUAUCAAAGGAUUCCUUUAAUUUGAUUAUUAAGUCAUCCAAGGCGUAUGAUAGUGAUCGUAACCAUAUAACUACACUGUGGGAACAAGUGGAGAAGCCUAUAUACAGUAUUGCAUCAAGAUUGUCCAGUCUUGGAUUAGCCGAUAAGGGUGUCACAACAUACUUCUCUAGCAACUGCACAGAAGAAGACUCUAAUCUGGUGAAUGAAUGGAUGAAGACAAAAUUAUUUGAAGCAUAUAUCUGCCGGACAUUUAAGACUACUUCCGAUGAUGGAUUGCCUCUGUAUACCAUCCAUCUGGCUAGCGUUGAAUCUUCACCAAAAACUGGCUUGACAAUGGAAAAAGAGAAGUACAAAAACGCGUACUUCCAAGUAACACGCGGUGACUACUCGCCCUUACUCAGAUUGGCUUCUGACAACCUGGCUAAAGCCAUUGAAUAUGGGGCCAAUGAUAACGAAAAGAAUAUGUUACGGCACUAUGUUAAUAGUUUCAACGAAGGCGAUUUGAAUGAACACAAAGAGGGGAGCCGGUAUUGGAUUAAAGAUAAGGGCCCGAUUAUUGAAACGUACCAAGGCUUUAUUGAGACCUACCGUGACCCCAGCGGACAACGCGGAGAGUUUGAAGGAUUCGUAGCUAUGGUUAAUAAGGAGAUGUCGAAAAAGUUUGGUGAUCUAGUUGAUGGUGCUGAAAGAUUCAUUAAGCUGUUACCAUGGGGCCAAGACUUAGAGAAAGACACCUUCCUGAGACCAGAUUUUACGAGUCUCGAUGUUCUCACCUUUUCGGGCAGCGGUAUCCCAGCUGGGAUUAAUAUUCCUAAUUAUGAUGAGAUCCGUCAGAAUGAAGGUUUCAAGAACGUCUCUCUCGGCAACGUUAUCCCGGCGGCAUACAAGGAGUCCGUAAUUCCGUUCCUCAAUGACCAAGACAAGCAGCUACUUGAGAAGUACCGCGUUGCAGCAUUUGAGGUACAAGUUGGAUUACACGAACUGCUCGGACAUGGAAGUGGGAAACUCCUGCGCCAGAACGCCGAUGGCACUUUCAACUUUGACAAGGAUCAAGUGAAAAAUCCAUUGACAGGCAAGAAUAUUGAGUCAUGGUAUACAGAAGGCGAGACGUACGACAGCAAGUUCACAACACUGGGUUCCGCAUUCGAGGAGUGUCGGGCCGAGGCCGUCGGGCUAUACCUUUCAUUGGAUGCGGAAAUCUUAAAAGUAUUUGGCUACGAAGGUACCGAAGCGGAAGAUGUGACGUACGUAAAUUGGCUCAGUUUGUUAUGGAAUGGUGCUGCUAAGGCCACCGAGAUGUUCCAGCCCACCACUGACACCUGGCUUCAGGCUCAUGCCCGCGCAAGGUUCGUUCUGAUGAGGCUGUUGGAGCUUGAGGGCAACGGGCUUCUCACCGUCACGGAAACAGAACCGGGCAAGAACCUACUACUGACGCUGCAAAGAGAUCGCAUAGCUACCGACGGCAAAAGGAUUAUAGGCGAUUUCCUGGUAAAACUGCAAACGAUAAAAGCGACUGGCGAUUUUGUGGCCGGCGAGCAGUUAUUCCAGAAAUACAGCCGCUUAGAGCAGCCCUGGAACAGGUGGCGGGAUAUUGUGUUACUGCACAAACAGCCCAGGAAUAUAUUCGUGCAACCUAACACAUUUGUUAAAGGCGAUGACGUUGAACUAAAGCGCUACCCACCCACAGCGGAAGGAAUGAUCUCGUCGUGGGUAGAACGCUUCCCAGACGCGAAAGUCGAUACCAUUUUGGAAGAACUCGCCGACGCUGACAGCAAAUACUUCGGGGACUUACAGAAAAUCGCUGCCACAAAUUAG